AGCAGAAGUGCCUCGAACACCAACGCGGCCAGUUCGUUUGUUUAGCCGUACGCUUACGGGAAAAUAUUCGCUAAUUUCCAAUUAACGAACCGUGAACUGCCCAUACAUACCACACAGCAAGUAGGCAACGCCGAACGACAGAAGCUAAGUACAUACACACGUGGUGCAGACUCCGUUAGCUGGAUGUUCGAUAGAGAUUCAGUGCUAUUGAUGUUUAGCGCUUGAUGCCAAGUGAAGCGUCAAUAUGGGCGAUAUGUUCCGCAGUGAAGCGAUGGCCUUGUGCCAAAUGUUUAUACAACCGGAAGCAGCGUACUCGUCGAUGGCCGAACUCGGCGAUAGCGGUUGUGUACAAUUUCGUGAUUUGAAUGCUCAAGUUAGCGCUUUCCAACGUAAAUUUGUGGCAGAGGUCAGACGUUGCGAUGAAUUGGAGCGUAAAAUACGUUACAUCGAAAAUGAGCUGCGCAAGGAUGACAUCAAAAUGCCUGAGGUGCUGGACGAGCCGCGACCACCGUAUCCGCGAGAAAUCAUUGACCUGGAAGCGCAACUGGAGGCGAUUGAGACCGAAAUACGUGAACUUGCCGCCAACAAGGUCAAUCUGAAUGCCAAUCAUCAAGGCAUGACAGAGCUGAAGCAUGUACUCGUGAAUGCGGAUAAUUUCUUUACCCACACCGAAAUCAUCAAUUUAAGUUCGCAACGCUUCUCCGAUGCCGCCGAAUAUGCACCGCCGCUGCCUGGCCAACAACGCGGCCAGCUGGGCUUCGUUGCCGGCAUCAUCAACUUGGAGCGCUACUUCUCAUUCGAACGCAUGUUGUGGCGCAUCUCUAUGGGCAAUAUCUUUCUCAAGCGUAGCGAUCUUAGCGAGCCACUUUUCGAUACCGAAACCGACAAACCGAUUGUGAAAACGGUUUUUAUCGCCUUUUUUCAGGGCGAUCAAUUGAAGCAGCGCAUUAAAAAGGUGUGCGCUGGCUAUCACGCCUCAGUUUAUCCCUGUCCUAGUUCCUACUUGGAACGACAGGAGAUGCUUAAGGACGUGUGUAUGCGUUUGGAAGAUUUUACAUUGGUGCUCAAUCAGACGGCAGAUCACCGCAAUCGUGUGCUAGUUGCUGCUUCGAAAAUUUUGCCCGCUUGGACGAUUAUGGUAAAAAAGGUGAAGGCAAUCUAUCACAUGCUCAACCUUUUCAAUAUGGAUCUGAGCAAUAAGUGUCUCAUUGGUGAGGGCUGGGUGCCAACCGGUGACUUGCCGAUCGUACGUGAUGCUUUAGCCAGAGGUUCAGCAAAGGUGGAUAGCACAAUUACGUCAUUUCUGAAUGUAAUCGAAACAAACGAACAGCCGCCAACAUAUAAUCGUACGAACAAGUUUACGCGCGGUUUUCAGACUUUGAUCGAUGCCUACGGCCUCGGCUCCUAUCGUGAAGUGAAUCCGGCACUUUACACCUGCAUCACAUUUCCCUUUUUGUUUGCCGUGAUGUUUGGUGACAUGGGUCAUGGCCUUAUACUGCUACUGGCGACUCUCUACAUGGUAUUGAAUGAGAAGAAACUGAGCAAGAACAAGGGUGAAAUAUUCAACUUAUUUUUUUCUGGACGCUACAUUAUGUUGCUUAUGGGUCUGUUUUCGCUCUACACCGGUUUCGUAUACAACGACGUUUUCUCCAAGUCUAUGAAUAUUUUUGGCUCUGCUUGGCGCGUGAAUUACAAUACCUCAACUGUGUGGAACAACACUAUAUUAACAUUAGACCCUUCCUAUAGUCUGGACGGCGUAUAUGCUUAUGGCAUGGAUCCGAUUUGGGCAUUAGCUGAUAAUAAAAUUAUAUUCUUGAAUACCUACAAAAUGAAGCUGUCCAUUAUUUUCGGACUAAUACACAUGAUCUUUGGCGUCUUCAUGUCUUGCAUCAAUUUCGUGCACUUCAAAAAGUACUCACACAUUUUCCUAGAGUUUCUGCCGCAACUGUUGUUUUUGUUACUGCUUUUCGGCUAUAUGGUAUUUAUGAUGUUCUUCAAGUGGGUGACGUAUUCCGGUAAGGCCACAGACCAGGCUCUAACCCCUGGUUGUGCACCAUCCAUACUUAUCUUGUUCAUCAAUAUGAUGCUCUUCGGACACACGGAGCCAAAGGACGGCUGCAAGGAGUACAUGUUCGAGAAUCAAGAAACAGUGCAAGUAGUGUUGGUCGUAUUGGCGUUACUUUGCAUACCAUGGAUGUUGUUGGGCAAUCCAUUGCUGGAGAAAUUUAAGCGUAGCAGAAGAGCGCCACAAGUUGCAUACACUAAUGGUGUCAACAAUACUCAAGUACAUAGCUCAACAGUUGCGGGAAGUUCGCCUAAACCUAUGACAAACGGACACGGCGAUCAUGACGUUGAUGGCGAGGAGCCGAUGAGUGAGGUAUACAUAAAGCAAGCCAUACAUACCAUAGAGUAUGUACUGAGUACCAUUUCGCACACGGCGUCUUAUCUGCGCUUGUGGGCCCUGUCGUUGGCGCAUGCGCAGUUAUCAGAGGUUUUGUGGAUGAUGACGCUUGAAAAAGUUUUCAUAUUGACGGUCUUUCUUGGUGAUUACUAUUACAUUCUUUCCAUCUUCCUAUAUCUUACAUUCGCUGCAUGGGCGUUUUUCACACUCGCCAUUCUCGUCAUUAUUGAGGGAAUGUCCGCGUUUUUGCACACACUACGCCUACACUGGGUUGAAUUUAUGAGCAAAUUUUACGAAGGCUUGGGCUACGCAUUUCAACCCUUUUCAUUCAAAGCAAUACUUGAAAAUGCUUAUGAGGACUAAGACCACAUAUAAUGCGACAAUAUUUAUACUACACCAGUUAAAAAAAAAAUGUUAAAAAAUUAAAACACAAAUAAAUUGACAUUCGGAGUCGACCACAAAAUAAGUUUCUAUUUAUUUAAGUAAUUUCAAAU